AUGGUGCCCGGGGCGCUGUGGGCCCCCUCCUCCGCCUGGGCUGGCUGGCAGCCCCUCUUCCUCCUCACACUGGAGGCUCUGCUGCCCAGCCCCGCUUGGGUCUGCCCGGCCCGCUGUAAGUGCUCCUCCCAGGACAGGUCCGUGCUGUGUCACCGCCAGAACCUGGCAGCUGUGCCCGGCAGGAUCCCCCCGGCCUGCGAGCUGCUGGAUCUGAGCCACAACCGCCUGCGGACGCUGCAGCAGGGCAUGUUCUCCCGGCUGCAGGCCCUGAAGGAGCUGGACCUGAGCGAGAACGUCAUCUCCAACAUCGAGCCGGGCACCUUCAACAGCCUCCAGCGCCUCAUGACGCUGAGGCUCCGGGGCAACGAGCUGAAGAUCGUGCUAGCCGGCGUCUUCGCCGGGCUGCCCAGCCUCACCGUGCUGGACCUCAGUCAGAACAAGAUCGUCAUCUUCCUGGACCACGCUUUCCAGGACCUCGCCAGCCUCCGGCACCUGGAGGCCAGCGACAACCACCUAGUUUUCAUUUCCCCCCGGGCGUUUGGGGGGCUCCGGCAGCUCCGGCAGCUCACGCUGGAGCGUUGCAACCUGACGGGUGUCCCCACAGGGGCCCUGGGACAGCUGCCUCACCUGGGCGAGCUGCGGCUCAAGGUGCUCAACAUCAGCGUCCUCCGAGACUACUCCUUCCGUCACCUCCCCCGCCUGCGGGCGCUGGAGAUCAGCCGCUGGCCCUUCCUGACCACUGUGGAGCCCCACAGCUUGCUGGGCUUGAACCUCAGCUCCUUGGCCAUCACCAAGUGCAACCUCAGCGUCAUCCCCUACGAGGCCCUCCAGCCCUUGACGUACCUCCGCUGCCUGGAUCUGUCUCACAACCCCAUUGCUGCCAUCCACGGUGGGAGGCUGGCCCAGCUCCUGCGCCUGCAGGAGCUGCACCUGGCGGGCGGGCAGUUGGCCACUGUGGCAGCCCACGCCUUCUGGGGCCUGAGCCACCUUCGCCUGCUCAACGUCUCCGACAAUGCCCUGCAGACGCUGGAGGAAGGCGCCUUCCACACUGUGGGCAACCUGGAGACCCUGCGCCUGGACGGGAACCCGCUGGCCUGCGACUGCCGCCUGCUGUGGGUCGUCCGGCGCCGGCGGCGCCUGAGCUUCGAGGGGCGGCAGCCAGCCUGCGCCAGCCCCACGCUGGUGCGCGGCCGGAGGUUCAAGGACUUCUCAGACGUCCUCCCAUCUGGGCACUUCACCUGCCGGAGGGCAAAGAUCCAACCUGAGGCCCCACAGUGGGUGAGCGUGGAGGAGGGGAGCAAAGCCAGGCUGCGGUGCCAGGGGGAUGGCGACCCCAUGCCCACCAUCACCUGGCUGUCUCCCCGCCAGGCCUGGCUGGACACUGGCCUUCGGGGCCGGGUAAGGGUGCUGCCCGAUGGGACCUUGGAGAUUUUCUACGCCCUGGUCCAGGACAGUGGCACCUACUACUGCGUGGCCAGCAACGUGGCUGGCAACGACACCAUGGCUGCCCACCUGCUCGUCUAUGACCCGUCCCGCUGGGCCAACGACACCUUCCCCCUGGCCAAUAUGAGUGCCAAUGGCUUGGGGGCGCCGGUGGUUUCCCUGCCGGGCCUUGGCAUGCUGCUGGGCGCCGUGGCCAUGGGUGCAGUGCCCUUCCUUAGCUCUGUGGCUGUCUGCUUCCUAUUCAUCUUCCUCUGGAGCAAGGGCAGGGGUCGCGUGAAACACCAUGCCACCUUUGAGUUUGUCCCACGCUCCCCCGGUGCACCACGGGGCAAGCCCAGCCACGGCGGCCGGCUGGCCAUGAGGUUCACGUGAGCCUCCGUGGGGCAAAGGUGAAACGUGGCAGUGGGGGAAGGGUGCCAUUCCUCUCCUUCCUCUCCGAGCCAGGCAUGGCCCUCCACUCCUUCACCUUCUGCAUCCAGCAAUUAACCCGCUAAAAUCAGCUUAAUUAACCAACUCCCCAGACAUGCAACUCGGCUGGGUUCUUCCACCAAAGCCUUGGCUCUCAUGCUUUUGCUGCCAGGAGAAAAAGGAGGUGACUGGGGAGGGGGGCCACAUGCUCAUGCCUUCCCCCAUGGGGUCUUUGAUCCCAGCCCAGCCUGGGCAGAGGGGCUGGUCCCGUCUCCGGGCUGAUGUCAGGGGGAUGCGCAUGGCUGGGCUUGGAGGUGCCGUGUGGUGCCUGUAGAGCCAGGACAAAGUCAGGGCCAGCUAUGGUGGGGCUGGGAUGGCCAUGGGGACGUGGUAUCAGGGCACUGGGAGCCUCUUUCUCUCUCCUCAGAGCAAGCUGGGGGGCCUGGCAGGGGCUUUGGCAGCUGUGCCGCGAGGAUGGGGAUGGGGAAGCUGCUGUGGUGGAUAAACACCGAGCUUGCCCAUGUCUGUCCCAGAGCCAUCCUUGCCCCUGAUCCUUGGGCAGCUCCCAGCACAGAGCCUGCCCCCGCUCACCCCGCCCCUCCAGCUGCCACGAGUCCUUAACAGCCGGCUAAAGAAACUACAGCCUAGUCGGGCCCACGGGGCUUCAAGUCCCAUCUGAUGUUUCCUUGGCCCGCGGCGGGGGGCCCAGCUGUCACCACUUCCAGCCAGGACCAACUGGCCUGCCGGUCACAAAGGAGUUAAACCUCGCACCCACCGGGCAAUGCAGGCACCCACCAGCCGCACAGCUGGGGACCCCUUCGCUAGGACCUAAGGGGCAUGGCCAGCAUCACCCAGCAAGAGCUGGGCACGGGACCCAGGAGUCCUCAGCAGCUGAGUCACGCAGCUCCCCGCACCUGCCUGUCCCCACUUCCCACUCAGAGGAGAGCCUGGGCGAUCUCGGGGCAGGGACUUUUCUGAGGUCACCGGCUGGUGGGGAGAGCCAGGUGUCCACGGGCAGUGCUGACAACGCCCUGGCACAGCCCAGGCCCCCACAUGCAUGGUGCUGUACACAAGGCUGGAUCAUGCUCCGCAGAGCUCAGGGGUCAAGUCUGAGCCUAGAGGCAUCGUGUGGGGGCAGAGGGGAGGGAGCAGCAGGCUGGGGUCAGCUGGGGCUAGUUGCCAGCUCCCUAAUUACCCCCAGGCAGCCCCAAUUACCAGACAAUUAGCCUCCCAACAGCUUUUAGCCUCCUUUGGUGGUGGCCCUGGCCCUGGUGUGUGACCCCCAGCUCUGGACAUAUCUCUACCUCCUGGAUCCCGGCCUUGUCUCCCUGGCAUCAGCCCUGAGUGCCUGCAGCCCAGCUCCCCCAGAGCCGCUGGGGCCGGUCGUAGCUGGGACACCCCACAUCGAACCCUGAGGCUGAGUUCCCAUGACUGGGUGCUGGGACCGUGGCUGUUGGGUCCAGGUGGAGCAGAAGAGGCCCUGAGGGCCACAUUCAGUCCACAACUGCUGGAAGCCGGUGGGGUCUGGAGCAGCUGCAGCCUUCUCCCUGCUACGUUUGCUCAGCGUCUGUAGCCAAUAAAACCCUCUUGCUCGGCUCUCUCUCUUCUCCCUCCAUCUCCCCCCCACCCCAGCCCCUGGAGCACG